GAAUAAUACACCCUUUGGAUUAAUUAUGAUUGUUUUAUGCAAUUGAUGUGAAAUACUGAUUUUGAUUUAUUUUGAUAUGGUAAAAAGGAGGAGUAGAGGAGAGAUAAAGAAAAGGAAAGAGAAGAAGGAGAGAGAAAGAGAAGGGAAGAGGAGGACUGCCGCACAAACAACUGGAUGCGACUUGCCACACCCAAUAGUUUGUGUUAGUUUGUUAGAUUUUUCAACUUUCACACAUCAAUCAGACAAUCACACAUGCAUCACGUAAGAGUAGGUUUUUUUUUUUUUUUUUUUUUUUUUUUUGGAAAUAGUACACGUAGGGCUACUCCGUAAUCCAAACCCGAGUUUGAACCCAAAUCCAAACCCGACCGAAGGAUAGAAAACGUUAGCCAACAAGUAGCAUCAAUAUACGGCACGGCAUUGGUGGAAUUACUCGCACAAGCACAACGAUAGGAGAGAGGAAAGAGUAAUAAUGUUGUUUUAGACAACGAAGAGGAAUAUGCUGGAGACUCCUCUUCCGAAGAUUCUCACUCCCACGCGCAUCUCCUCUCCUGUGAUCCGCAUCUACUCUACAAUUUAACCACCAUUUAUUCCAUUUUUUUUUUAUUUUAAUCAUCAUAACUUUAAUUUUAAUUUAAUCAACUUUACUUCUUCAUUCUAGCUUCUUCCCAAGUUUCUGGGUCUCUGGAUUUACCCUUCUUUACUCAGAAAAUCCAGUUUGAAGCUCUGCCUCGCGGCUGACAAAGUAAGUUUCCUGCAGCAACAAUUCUUUUGACUGCUACCUGCAAGUUAUUGUGGGUAGGCAGUUCAUAUUUUUAUAAUUAAAUGGAGAUGGUUCCCCAGAGUGCAUUGAAUUCAAGUAGAGCAUUAGAGGGUGUGCAUGGAGUGCAGGUGGUGCCACAUGCUCCAUUUGUUGUUGAAGAGGUCACUCAACUCGGGGACCAAAGGCCAACUUGUAAAGAUUCCAAUACAAGAAUUAGUCGACAUGUAUUGAUGCAACGCGUGCAGGAGCAAAUAGCAAUCCGUUUAAGACCUGUCCAUUGCUGCCAUACCGGUGAUCAAAAUAUUGCUGAAACAGUUGCUAAUGUUGUAACAUCCCUUCCAUUUAUUGCUCUUGGAGCCAAUGCACCUAGGAAAAGUUUCAAUUCCAAGCUCUAUGCUAAUUCUCUGAUUGGAGUUGGAGUUGCCUCUAGCAUGUAUCAUUGUUCCAGGGGCAGGAUUAGGAAAUUCUUGAGAUGGGUUGAUUAUACCAUGAUAGCAACUACAACUGUGUGUCUUUCGAGAGCACUUAGGAGUGAACAUCCUAAACUUCUGAUGGCUGCUUCUGCUGUGUGUCUACCAUUCCAACCACUUAUGGUUUCACUUGUUCAUACUGGUUUGAUGGAGGUAGCAUUUGCCCAAAGGGCAAUCAAAGAUCCAGAAUUAAAAAUGGCACACAAUGUCCACAAGGCAUGUUCAUUGUUGGGUGGUGUGUUAUUUGUUGCUGAUGAUGUUUUCCCAGAAACUCCGUACCUUCAUGCGGCUUGGCAUCUUGCUGCAGCUGUUGGAGUUGGCACCUGCAAUAGGCUUCUUGAGUAACAUGGGCUUUGGCUUAUCUAUUGGUAAUUAUAGAGGGUAAAGAUAAAACUAGGAUUAUUGUAUAAAAUUAUUGAACUAUCCUGAGCAAUUGGAGUAUCUGAAGUGAUUAAGGCUGUUAAGUAUCACAGCGAAUUAGGGGGGAACAUGUGUAUAUAUUUAAGAAUGUAGACUAGUAAUUUAUCAGAAAGGGGAGUUUUUUCGGACCGAGAGGCGAGAGGGUGGAAUGUGGGGUUGAUGAAGGUGGAAAGAAAGAAGUGAAAUGAGUAUGUAAUGCAGUAACGGCAACUAUUGUUGCCUUAGGAACUCAGUCUUGCAUUCUUUGGAACUUUUAAACUGUUAUGUUUGUUAUGGUACUCAAGACCAAUCAAUAUUUUUUAAAGCAUAAGAUUGGAACUUCUCA